AUCUGGAUUUGACCUUUGCUCUGGGCUUCCUGGUCACCCGGACGUUCGGUAAACCCGUACGUGGAACAGGAAUCGCUGCUCGUCUUCUCCCUCGGAAUUCAGUCUUUCAGCGUUUGCCUUUUGAACGCCUUCCUGUGUGAAGUGUCGCCAGAGCUGACUCUUGAAGGGCUUGGGAAUUUAACUGGGCCGGGGAGCAGGGGGCGCAGGCAACACCACUUCCGCACUUCUUGUGCCCUGGUCCAAGAUGGCUGACGAGGCCACUCGCCGUGUCGUGUCUGAGAUCCCCGUGCUGAAGACGAACGCCGGACCCCGAGAUCGGGAGUUGUGGGUGCAACGACUAAAGGAGGAAUACCAGUCCCUUAUCCGGUAUGUGGAAAAUAACAAGAAUGCAGACAAUGAUUGGUUCCGACUAGAGUCCAACAAGGAAGGGACCCGGUGGUUUGGGAAAUGCUGGUACAUCCACGACCUCCUCAAAUAUGAGUUUGACAUCGAGUUUGAUAUUCCUAUCACUUAUCCUACUACUGCUCCAGAAAUUGCAGUCCCUGAGCUGGAUGGAAAAACAGCAAAGAUGUACAGGGGUGGCAAAAUAUGCCUGACUGAUCACUUCAAACCUUUGUGGGCCAGGAAUGUACCCAAGUUUGGACUAGCUCAUCUCAUGGCCCUGGGGCUGGGUCCGUGGCUGGCAGUGGAAAUUCCUGAUCUGAUUCAGAAGGGUGUGAUCCAGCACAAAGAGAAAUGCAAGCAAUGAAGGCAGAAGCCACUCAGAUGGGAUACAGGGACCUUUGCUAGGCCAUGUUUCUGUUUUCUUGUGCAUGGCUCUUCUUACUCACCUGACUGCUUUCCCCCCUUACCCCUCUACCUCUGGUUGUUACCAAGUAGCUGCCACAGGCAUUGCUGGGGGGAACAACUAGCAACACACUAAUGACAAAGUUUCUAAAUUAGGCUAUACAGGAAGAGGAAAGACUUGGGCUUUGGGAAACCAAGAGGCAAUUUAUAUCCUCUCCCCAUGUAGGAAGAUAGAGGCCUUGAUCCUGGAGUCAUGGGGGAAACUGAAAAUGAAUACAUAGCCUUGUGGUUUCUGAAGAUAAUCUAUCAAUAAAAGCUGCUUCCUGUGGUAGCCU